AUGAAUGGAUCUAAGCAGCAAGACUCGGGUUCAGCGGGCUCCUACACAGUAGCAUGGAUCUGCGCCCUCGAAGAAGAGUAUUUCUGUGCAUGCCGUAUGCUCGACGAAGAAUUCGAUGGUCCGGAGAUAUGCGGAGACAACGACGAUAAUACUUAUGUCUACGGUCGUAUUGCGAAGCAUUAUGUGGUGGUUGGGUGUCUUCCAGCUGGUCGGUAUGGCACCAAUUCCGCUGCUCGUGUUGCCCGUGAUAUGAUCCGAACCUUUCCACAUGUGCGGUUCGCAUUGAUGGUGGGCAUUGGGGGUGGUGCGCCGAGCAGCCGAAAUGACAUCCGGCUGGGUGAUGUUGUCGUCAGUCAACCAAAAGAUGGGUUUGGCGGGGUAAUUCAAUAUGACCUGGGCAAAAUGAAAGAUGGUCGGUUUCAGAGGACAGGUCAACUAAAUGCGCCGCCUGAAAAACUUCUAGGAGUCAUACCUGAGAUGCGCCGAUUGUACAGCGAUAAAAGGAAGCCAGAUAGACUAACGGAGCAUCUUCAGCUUCUGGAUGACAUGGAAGAUUAUCAAAAGCCAACUGUCGACCUGCUCUAUGCUUCUGACUAUCCACAUUUAGGUGGACAAAAUUGUGAUGCAUGUGGCUCGCACUUGGUCACGAACCGCCCGGAACGCCAGAACAACCGUGCACUUAAAAUUCACUAUGGAACUAUCGCGUCGGGAAAUUCUGUACUCAAGGAUGCCAAGGUGCGGGAUACAUAUACGGGAGAUCAAGAGCUGAACAUUCUUUGCUUUGAGACGGAAGCUGCGGGUCUCAUGAACAAUGUCCCAUGCCUGGUUAUUCGCGGAAUCUGCGAUUAUUGUGACUCCCAUAAGAACGAUGACUGGCACAAAUAUGCUGCACUUGCUGCUGCUGCUUAUGCGCGAGAGCUGCUGCUGGUUCUACGGCCGCAACGUGUGGAUGCCAUGCCUCUCUGGGCUGGGCGAGUGGCUCAAGAACUUCAACAAGUUGUAACAACUGUUGAAUCGAUGGAUGAAAAAAUUACUUGGGGCAAACUGUCAUCUGUUCAAGAAGCAGCGUUUGACUCUUUUGCAAGCCAAUAUGAAGAUGGAUGUCUUCCAGGCACUAGAACUGAGCUUCUUAACGAAGUUGCAAAAUGGGCUAUGUCGCCACACGGAAAGUGCAUAUUAUGGUUAAAAGGAAUGGCUGGAACAGGGAAAUCAACCAUAUCUCGCACUGUGGCAAGAAUGUUAAAGAAAAACUUAGGAGCAAGUUAUUUCUUUAAGAGAGGUGAAGGAGACCGAGGAAACGCAAAGAAAUUUUUCCCGACACUAACAAGGCAACUGACGCUCUGGAGCUCCCACCUAAGAUCUAGUGUGCAAAAGGCCCUCGAUUGUGACCCUGAUAUUGCAUCGAAAUCACUCAGGGAACAGUUUGAGAAGCUACUCCUCCAACCACUGCUCAAUCUUGACCAACUAAGUCUACAGCCCCAAACUGCUGUGAUAGUGAUCGACGCUUUGGACGAAUGUGAACAUGAUCAGGAUGUCCGAAACAUAAUCCGACUACUGCCUCUUCUCCAGAAGGCAAAAUCGAUUUGCCUUCGGAUCUUCUUGACCAGCAGGCCUGAACUCCCAAUUAGCCUUGGAUUUGCCGGUAUCGGGGAUAAUGAAUAUCAAAACCUAGCCCUUCAUGAGAUACCUGAAGAAGUAACACGAUGCGAUAUACGAUUAUUCCUACAAGCUCGAUUUGAACAAAUCAGACAUGACAGAAAUAUUUCUCAAGACUGGCCUGGCGAUGAUGUCAUUCAAGAACUGGUUACAAUAUCUGCGCCACUCUUUAUCUCAGCUGCCACUGUGUGCCGUUACAUCGAAAACCUGAAAUGGGAACCUAAAUUGCGCCUCGUGGAGCUUCUGAAGGACCAGGCAAAAUAUGUAUCAAGAAUGGAUAAGACAUACCUGCCAAUUUUAACGCGACUUCUUGAUGAUCCAGAAAGUGAUGAACUGGAGCAGCAGCAGCUCCUGCAAGAAUUCCAGGACAUUGUGGGUGUCAUUAUCCUUCUUGAAGUUCCACUUUCUAUAAAUGCACUGUCGCUAUUUCUUGGGAUAGGAGCGGACCAGAUCAGCAAUCGAUUGGAUUUAUUCCAAUCAGUUUUAAGAGUUCCUAGUAACCGAGAUCAGCCUGUUAGAAUUCUACAUCUAUCGUUUCGGGACUUUUUGGUCCAGUCUAGAACCGAGUUUUUUAUCGAUGAGCUUAAAAAGCAUAAAGAUAUUGCUAAAUCUUGCCUUAAAAUUAUGCAGAGUUAUCUACAGAAAGACAUUUGCAAUCUAGCAAGCCCUGGAACAAUUAGAGCAGACAUUAGCCCUCAAGAUAUUCAUCAGUAUCUACCACCGGGGUUACAAUACUCUUGUCGCUACUGGGUACACCAUCUUAAAUCGGGCCAGGCUUUGUUUUCCGAAAUAGAAAAUGUGCGACUAUUCCUCCAGAAACAUUUUCUACACUGGGUAGAAGCAAUGAGCCUGUUAAGCCUUAUAUCGGAGGUAGUGGGUAUGCUUGACCUCCUCUACACGGAGGUACCAGGCGAUGAUAAUUCCGGAUUAGCUAACUUCCUACAUGAUGCAAAGCGCUUUGUUCUAAAAAAUCGCCAGAUAGCCGAUCAAGCACCACUUCAGAUUUAUUACGCAGGAUUAAUAUUCGCACCUCAAACAACAAUAAUCCGUACAGAGUUCAAGCAGGACCUUCCUAGUCGGAUAUGCCAGUUCCCACAAGUUAACGAAAAGUGGAGUGCCGAAUUACAGACUCUAGAGGGCCAUUCAAACUCGGUUUGGUCAGUGGCAUUCUCACCCAAUGGCCGGCUGUUGGCAUCCGGCUCUUCUGAUAACACAAUCUGGCUCUGGGAUCCAGCAACAGGUGCCCUGGAACAUACACUUGAGGGCCAUUCAGGUCCAGUUCUUUCUGUGGCCUUCUCAUCUGAUGGACAGCUGCUGGCAUCUGGCUCUUCUGAUAACACAAUCCAGCUCUGGGAUCCAGCAACAGGUGUUCUGAAACAUAUACUUGAGGGUCAUUCAAACUUAGUUUCUUCAGUGGCCUUCUCACCUGAUGGCCAGCUGCUGGCAUCUGGCUCUUUUGAUAACACAAUUCAGCUCUGGAAUCCAGCAACAGGUGCUCUGAAACAUAUACUUGAGGGUCAUUCAGAUUCAGUUCUUUCUGUGGCCUUCUCAUCUAAUGAACAGCUGCUGGCAUCUGGCUCUUCUGAUAACACAAUCCAGCUCUGGGAUCCAGCAACAGGUGCUCUGAAACAUACACUUGAGGGUCAUACAGGUUCAGUUCGGUCUGUGGCCUUUUCAUCUGAUGGGCAGCUGUUGGCAUCUGGCUCUUCUGAUAACACAAUUCAGCUCUGGGAUCCAGCAACAGGUGUUCUGAAACAUAUACUUGGGGGUCAUUCAGAGACAGUUUGGUCUGUGGCCUUCUCAUCUGAUGAACAGCUGCUGGCAUCUGGCUCUUCUGAUAACACAAUUCAGCUCUGGGAUCCAGCAACAGGUGUUCUGAAACAUAUACUUGAGGGUCAUUCAGACUUAGUUUCUUCAGUGGCCUUCUCACCUGAUGGCCAGCUGCUGGUAUCUGGCUCUUUUGAUAAGACUGUUCGGUUCUGGGACCCAGCAACAGACACCCUGAAACAUACACUUGAGGAUCAUUUAGACAAGCUUUAUUUAGUGGUCUUCUCAUCUGAUGGCCAGCUGCUGGCAUCUUGCUCUUCUGAUAACACAAUCCGGCUCUGGAACUCAGUGACAGGUGCUCUGAAACAUACAAUUAGAGGUCAUUCAGAUGUAGUUCAGUCAGUGGCUUUCUCACCUGAUGGUCAGCUGCUGGCAUCUGGCUCUUUUGAUAAGACCGCCCGGCUCUGGAACCUAGCAAUGGGCACUCUGAAACAUACACUUGAGGGUCAUUCAGACGGGGUUUAUUCGGUGGCCUUCUCACCUAAUAGCCAGCUGCUGGCAUCUGGCUCUGAUAAGACCGUCCGGCUCUGGAACCCGGCGACAGGCGCCCUACAAGAAACCCUGAGCACUGAGGGAAUUGUUUCGAGACUCGAGUUUUCUCAAGAUAGUUUGUAUCUCAACACCAAUCUAGGACCAUUCAAGAUUCAAUCCGGGCGCGGCAAUCCUAUCUACAAUUCACCGAGUACAAAUCCGGAGAUAUUUAUACAGCGUGAUAACUGGAUAACUUUGAACGGGGAACGAGUAUUAUGGCUUCCUCCUGAAGCUAGACCUCGUUGUUCGGCGAUAAAAUCACAUAAACUUGCCUUGGGAUAUGUGUCAGGUCGAGUUUCCUUCAUAGGGUUUCGGGCAUCAUAG